UCACACAAAGAAGUAAACGGGAGUGAGCAGUGACUGAGAACAAGUUCCACGUUAGCGUUUAUAUUGUUAUUUAGACGCGUAUUAACACCCUGGAACUCAACAUAUGACUAAUUUAACUGCACAGCAUCACAUACAUGGUACUGUUUAAUUCGCGUUGGAGACUGGAUUUGGUUGAUAGAUGUUAUCUAGGUAACGCUAGUUAGCUGCUAACGUUGGCUAACAAUGGCUAACUGUAUGGUUUUUCACACUCAAAUAGCCUCCAUCAUGGAGAUGCUAGCGAAUGCAGCUGUGGCAGAUAUCUGUAAACUCGUAGACGACGACUAUGCAGUGUUUCGUUUGGAAAUAACUCAAAGCCAGAAAGAAAACCGGGGAUUACGGAGGAAACUACAGCUACUGGAACUGAAGGUGGCACGGGAGCGCGCAGAGAAAACCAAUAGGGUCAAGAUCCUCGACCGAUACAGAGCAGUAAUGCCAAGAGGUGAAGGACAUUUUACUGGAGGCUACAGGAGCUUUGUGAAUCCAGCGGGACACAAUACAUUGAGAGAUGACCAACCAAUCAGUUUUGGUGAGGGGAGUGGAACCUCAACCCAGCAUGCUAUCAUGAUAGAGUCUGCAGAGGCUGCAGGUCCUGGUGUCAAGCAGGGUAGGACUGAAGUAGAGGACGCACAACACAGCAGAGACAUCCAGACUGGAGUGACUGGAGCACCCCCUGUAGCCACGGAGGACCCCACCACCGUCGCUCGACGAAGCAUCACGGAGUCAGUAGACAUGGAGGAUGAGAAGCCUGAUCUGCUGCUAGUCAAAGAGGAGACAAUAGAAGACGGACCAGAGAGCAUUGAUCUGCUGAGUGGACUAAAGAUGGGGGAGCAAGGUGGUUGGCAGGAGGCUAACAGAGGAGACUGGGUGGCCAUCUUGGAUUCCCAGACCCAGACGGGUGCAGCCAAGGGCCCAGGGGACAACAUCACUGAGCAGGCCAGGACCAGAGGUGACAUAGUGGAGGUCAAUGGAUGGGGCAGCGUCCUCAACUCUGGGCUGGGGAACAACACCGUUAACCCCCUAACAGGUGCUGCCUUCAGCCUGCCUUCUAUAGGAUCUAUCAACUGGAACAUGGACCCUGCAAUAACUCAGACACUCCCUGGUCUUCAUCCUCUUCACACUGUCCUAAUGUUAAACCAGACCUCAGACAAUGCCAGUGCCUCAACACUAAAUGGGUACACAAGCCCAUUGACAAAUGACAGUAGUAGCAAUGCUAUCAGUAGCUCUGGAGGCAAAGAGAAGCACUUCCCAUGUUCGUUCUGUGGGAAAGCCUUCAGUUUCCGCAAACAGAUGGAGAUCCACCAGAGGAUGCACACAGGGGAGAAACCAUUCGGGUGCCAACUGUGCCGGGCCAGUUUUUCACAAUCAUCCAGCCUGAACAGGCACCAGAGAGUCCACACAGGGGAGAAACCCUACAGCUGUCCCCAGUGUGAGAAGAGGUUCUCCCACCAGCACCAUUUGAAGGUGCACCUGAAGAUCCACACGGGAGAGAGGCCAUUUGCCUGUACGCACUGUGGGAAGAGGUUCUCAGAGAGGAGAUAUCUCAGGAUACACCAACAGAAAUUGCACACGACCCAUGUAUAGUGACAUGUAAUGUAGUACUAGUUAGUUUGUAGUUAAUUCUGUUGGUUUUGGAUGUAAUGGGGAACUGUAUGAGGUGAACUGAGGAAAGAAGAAGUAUGAUGGUAUGAUGAGGUAGAGUAGAUGAUGGUGUCUGUAAAAAUGUUUCACUGAUUUUAGACUAACAAUAUUGUCCUGUUUUGAUGAUGUUUUGUGAUGAGGAAAUGAUUGGGCCUUACGUUGACUUGACAUGAAGUAGUGAAGCUGUGUGUAAUGUUGAACCUUUUCCAAAGUAAUCUAAAAUGUAUUUUAUCAAAGCGAGGGUUCCAGAUUUUUCAGAAAAGGUAGUGUUCACUUUUCUCACUUUUCUACUUUUCACAUAUCGUUUUUUUACAAUAAUAGUACUGAACUUCACGUACAUUGAAAUGAGAUACAAAAUUGACUCUGUGCUGACUGACUUGGUUAUCUUUUGGUCAUUGCAGGGACUGAGUAUUCCUUAGCUCAGUCAGACCAAAACAUACUUAAUUCUUAAAUUAACACUUUUGGAUUUUUUUUUUUUACAAUAAACUCUAAUGGCUCCAUAUUGUUGGGUACUUGAAUCACACUAUUAGAGAUGGGCUUGACUGUGGUUAACAUUUUAUAGUGUCAUGUUUGUGUGUACAGCAAAGAGUUUCUUAUAUAAACCUUUAUGCUUUUCUGUUCAAUGUGUUUUACAGUCUGCAAUCCGUGAGGACCUGCUGAUAUUUAGUGUUGCUGGCGGGAGAGACUGUACCACUGAAGUGGCUGGCCACAAUCCCUGACCCCGGACAAAGCCUUCCCUCUUCGUUCCACAGUCGGAACAAGGACCCAACCGUAAGUGACAGAGACUUCAACACCACCACAAAGAACACAACCAGUGGACAGGUGGACUGAACAACCUCAGUCCUGGUGGUCAUCAGAGAGACAGAGACUCCAGUCAGGGAUUCAGUCUCAGUGCAUGGUUACCCCACAAAUACAAACAGGGGCAGGAUGAGCAUUCACCAUGAGGUACCUAGCCUAUAACACAGCACACAAUACCGAACUUCAAUGCAUUUAGGAAAAUAGAGUCUGUUGCAGAGUAAAGCAUUGGAACAUAGGGGGAAGAGAGAAAGGGAACAAGAGAGGUCUUAGUUGUGGUCUUUAGGGUGCAGGUGUACGGUCUGACUGUCCGAUGGUGUGUUGGGUUGUAGUUUAACGCUUCGCAACAAUGUUGCUACUAAUCCAUUGCGAUCCAUAACCGUCGCGGUCCCAAAUGAGAACAACCACGUCGUCGAGCGCUCACACCGAGGAUUGAUUUAAAUACUGUAUAACUGCAUACGCUGAAGACAAACAAAAAAACUUCUGCAGCAUAGCACACACAAUCAAAACUGUCGGGCCACCCAAGAGCUCCUCCCCAAAGAGCUGAACAAGCUCUCUUUUAUCUCCUCCUUCCUUACUGCUCAUGCGCUCUUAAAGUGGCCGCGCACCAUGAAGGCUCCGUGCAGGAUUUCGCCACAAGAUACAGUAAUUUUAUUAUUUUCUACUCUAUUCUUGCUAACAUUUCUAAACAAGUCUACUCUGAGCUUGAUACUGAUGAAUAGGUUUGAUGUGUAAUGUAAUAAGCAGUACAGUACCUUUUUCAAAGAACAGUGAGCAUACUUUUUUUUACUAUUAUUUUUUUUUAAACACAACCUUUGCGCUAUGACCCCAACCAACAAGAUUCUUGAAGAAAGCCGUCGGUGGGACGGCAGAAGCGCAAGUGCUGUUUAAAGCUGAAAGUGCGUCGAGCAUAGUAGUGAGAAGGAUGAGUGGACAACAGUGAAGUCUAAUGAAACGAAAAGUGCUAAAAUUGUUGUAGUAAAUCAGUCUGAUAAAUCGAUUCUUUUUGGAGUAAGUUUUUGGGAUGAGGAUUUUAAUUUGAGAAACCCUUUUGAAGUCAGGAUGGUGAAGGAGGUGCUGGGAAAAGUGGAUGCAGUCAAUAAGCAGGACUGGUAUAUCUAAUGAGCGAAAUUUCGCGAGCCAUAAUGCACGCUCCUUAUCUACUAAUGAAGUGGACAGCUUUGAUUUUCAGAACAGGGCAACGGUAAAAGUAUCAUCUCUGGCAUCCCAACAUUAAUAUCUCAGGCUGAAAAUUCCAGGAGUAGUUCAUGUACGUCGCUUGACCAGUAUGGUGGAUGGGGAAAACCGAGCAAAUUUUAUCCGUAUUACUGUUGUUUAAUUGAGUAUCUCCCGAUCUAUGAAAAGCUGGGAUAUAAACCCAGCAAAAAAACAUCCCCUUUUCAGGACCCUAUCUUUCAAAGAUAAUAUGUAAAAAUCCAAAUAACUUCAUUGUAAAGGGUUUAAACACUGUUUCCCAUGCUUGUUCGAUGAAUCAAACAAUUAAUGAACUUGCACCUGUGGAACAGUCGUUAAGACACUAACAGCUUAGACGGUAGGCAAUUAAGGUCACAGUUAUGAAAACUUAGGACACUAAAGAGGCCUUUCUACUGACUCUGAAAAACACCAAAAGAAAGAUGCCCAGGGCCCCUGCUCAUCUGAGUGAACGUGCCUUAGGCAUGCUGCAAGGAGGCAUGAGUACUGCAGAUGUGGCCAGGAAAAUAAAUUGCAAUGUUUGUACUGUGAGACGCCUAAGUCAGCGCUACAGGGAGACAGGACGGAGAGCUGAUCGUUCUUGCAGUGGCAGACCACGUGUAACAACACCUGCACAGGAUCGGUACAUCCGAACAUCACACCUGCAGGACAGGUACAGGAUGGCAACAACAACUGUCUGAGUUACACCAGGAAUGCACAAUCCCUCCAUCAGUGCUCAGACUGUCCGCAAUAGGCUCAGAGGGGCUGGACUGAGGGCUUGUAGGCCUGUUGUAAGGCAGGUCCUCACCAGACAUAAAUCGCAACAACGCUGCCUAUGGGCACAAACCGACCAUCGCUGGACCAGACAGGACUGGCAAAAAGUGCUCUUCACUGACGAGUAGCAGUUUUGUCUCACCAGGGGUGAUGGUUGGAUUCACGUUUAUCGUCAAAAGAAUGAGCAUUACACUGAGGCCUGUACUCUGGAGCGGGAUCGUUUUGGAGGUGGAGGGUCCGUCAUGGUCUGGGGCGGUGUGUCACAACAUCAUCGGACUGAGCUUGUUGUCAUUGCAGGCAAUCUCAGCGCUGUGCGUUACAGGGAAUACAUCCUCCUCCCUCAUGUGGUACCCUUCCUGCAGGCUCAUCCUGACAUGACCCUCCAGCAUGACAAUGCCACCAGCCAUACUGCUCGUUCUGUGCGUUAUUUCCUGCAAGACAGGAAUGUCGGUGUUCUGCCAUGGUCAGCGAAGAGCCCAGAUCUCAAUCACAUUGAGCACAUCUGGGACCUGUUGGAUCAGAGGGUGAGGGCUAGGGCCAUUCCCACCAGAAAUGUCCAGGAACUUGCAGGUGCCUUGGAAGAGUGGGGUAACAUCUCACAGCAAGAACUGGCAAAUCUGGUGCAGUCCAUGAGGAGGAGAUGCACUGCAGUACUUAAUGCAGCUGGUGGCCACACCAGAUACUGACUGUUACAUUUGAUUUUGACCCCGCCCCCUUUGUUCAGGGACAGGUUAUUCAAUUUCUGUUAGUCACAUGUCUGUGGAACUUGUUCAGUUUAUGUCUCAGUUGUUGAAUCUUGUUAUGUUCAUACAAAUAUUUACACAUGUUAAGUUUGCUGAAAAUAAAUGCAGUUGACAGUGA